AUGGAGGAAGAAAUGUUGAAUAUUUCUAAACCAAUUGUCUAUGACGAAUCUAUUGCUCACGUUGAGGUACAUGCUCAUCUACCUUACGCUUCAUUAACAUUUAACAACAGUGACGAAAUUCGAAUUGCUGUUCAAAAUCAAGACCACUGUCUUGUACCAAGUAAAAGUUCGUUGCACAUUCAAGGAAAAUUAGUGAAAGAAAAUGGAACACCUGUUACAAAUACAAGAUUUAUUAUUAAUGGUAUUUGUCAUUUGUUUGAAGAAGCACGGUAUGAAAUAAAUGCUAUUGAAGUUGAUAAAAGCAAAAAUGUUGGACUAACGAGUCUAAUAAAAAAUUAUAUAUCACUUUAUAGUGCCCAAAGUAAAUUCUUGGAAAAUGCAGGUUGGUUUCCUUCAUGCAAUGCGAAUAAUAUUAAUUUAAUUGAUAAUGAAGGAAAUUUUGAUGUAUCAAUACCACUAAAUGUAAUGUUCGGUUUUGCUGAAGACUAUCAAAAAAUUAUUAUAAACGCUAGACACGAGUUAAUUUUAACAAGAUCUAGAAGUGAUGUCAAUUCAAUCAUUCAAACAGCAGAAGAACAAGUUAAAAUUGUAAUUGACAAAAUUGAAUGGUUAUUACCUAAUGUACGAUUAUCAGAUGCAAGAAAAUUCAAAUUACUGAAAUAUAUUGAAAAGGAUCCUCUUAUACCAAUAAGUUUUCGCACAUGGGAAUUGUACGAGUAUCCAAUGCUACCAACUACAGCGAAUCAUGUGUGGACUGUCAAGACAUCAACACAAUUGGAAAAACCUCGUUUUGUUAUUUUAGGCUUUCAAACAAAUCGAAAGAAUAUAACAAACCGAAAUGCGAGCCACUUUGAUCAUUGUAGAAUAACAAAUGUUAAAUUGUUUUUAAAUAAUCAGUGUUAUCCAUAUGGAAAUUUGAAUCUUGAUGUUGAUAAAAAACAAUUUGCUGUACUCUAUGAUAUGUAUACUAACUUUGAAACAAGUUACUAUGGUAGGGACCCACAACCAUUUUUAACAAAAUCAGAAUUUUUAGAUUUUGCACCACUAGUUGUACUUGAUUGCUCUAAACAAAAUGAAUCUUUAAAGUAUGGUCCGGUUGACAUUCGUCUUGAAUUCCAAGCAAAAGACAAUUUUCCAAAUCAAACUGCUGCAUAUUGUCUAAUUUUACACGAUAGAAUUGUAGAAUACCGACCAAUUAGUGGUACAGUCAAAAAAGUAAUUUAA